AUGCAGCUCUCAGAGGCCGUGCUGGCGCCUGCUUGGAGUGCGGGUGGAUUUGCCUACAUCGUGAAGGGCGAAACGACGGAGAGCCCCGCCGGCCCUUCGGGUCCCGUGUGUGCGCAUACGCGCACGUCUGCAGGCGGAAUAACUGCCCCGUUCACCUUUUCCAUGUUCGACGCGCAGUUCAGCCCUGUGUACCUCGUGUCGCCAUCCGCGGUGGAGUCAACAGGUGAUGCCGCAUCGCUCACUGCCCAUGUGGCAGGUAGACUCGACCUGCAGCAAGGACGCUACACGACGCUCACCACUCCCACUUCUCUGGGCACCUGUGCAGGAGUACUGAGGUCGUCGCCCGCACAGUGCGUGCUGGGCGAACUUGACACAUUGCACGAAAAUUGGACGGCGCACUCUCUCGCCGCCACGGCGAAUGCCACGCGCGACGACGACUCACUGACCCUUUCCGCCAAGGGCUUGUGCGCAGCGGAGCUGCUUACGGCAUUUGUGAGCGACUACCUGCCCCAGCGAGCGUGGUUGCGGAGUGCAGUGCCUCGUGUCGUGGACGCUCUUUCCCACGCUGAGCAGGCAGCGCGCGCCUACAGCGCCGCCCUUCUGAGCUUGCCGGAUGCAGCGGAGGCAGCGGACAUGCAGCGAGCGGUGGCAGAGCAGUGGGGCAGCUACCUGUGGUCCACGUACGUGCCGCAACUUCAGCGUAAGUGGACGCUGCUUUACCGCCUUGCUGUCGCAACGCUGACGCCGUCGCAAGUGGCGCCAUCGCUCGACGACACAGCGAAUGAGUCCAUCACGGGUGAGCCGGGGCCUGCGCCAAAGGUAUCGUGCCCAAUAGUGGACGCGUGGCCGCAGCUGCGGUACUCGCUGACGAGCAGCAACCACGGGCGCCGAACCUGUGCGCGUCUUGUCGCGUACAUGGAGGACGCGCUCGACAGCUUGGAGGAGUUUCUAUCCAGCGGCGGCGACGCGGACACCCUCAGCGAGAAACAGACAGAUGCGCUUGUAUUGCAGCUCCUGCAGCGCACCUACUGCGUGACCACGACGUACUUUUUUUCCGUCGCCGCCCUCUUUGAUGCACCGUUCCUGGACGCAUCCGCUUCGGUGUGGGUGGAGCCCGCGACGCACAUGCAGGCGUGGGCGAUGCGGACGAUGCGAGAGGCCUCGGUGGCAGACGCCAUGGCCAAUGCUACGGCGUUCCAAGUGGCCACUACAGCACGCGUGACGCGCUCGACGGAAUCGCUGCCAAGGAGCGAGAAAGCAUUUAUGGCGUGCCUGGCCGCCUUCCUCGACGCGACGACACCCCUCACCUCUGUCGCAGUAACCUCUCCAUCCGACUGUGCCCAGGCGCUGCUGAAGGCACGCGCAGAGGCUUCAGGGGUCACCGCCAGGGAUUCUCUCGUUCUUCUCUGGGACGUGAGCCAGAUGCGUGCCGUGAAGCCCUCCUCAGACACUGUGUCCGGUACUACGCGUUACGAGUCGACGGUAUUGCUGCCGACAAGAUCCGCUGACGCCAAGGCUUCCGCCCCUAGCGAAUCCAUCCGCUGGACGAUGUUUCAGCAGGCGUCAACCAGCUUUACAAGCCAGACGUCUCUUUACACGCCGAGCGUCGUUGCCUCCGUGCCCAAGGAGCCGUGCGCGGCUGGCUCUGCUGCUCGUAGAGCUCCGGGCACCGCGUCGAAUCGCGCAGCGUCGAAGGAGGCCCGCCACGGCGUUCUUGUCGGCUCACACGCUGCAGAGACAUGCGCUGCCGGCACUUACGCGAAGCCCGACACGGCAGCUUGUAGGGCGUGCCCGUCCGCCUGCUCCGCAUUGCUGAAGGCUGCGACGCCUGUCUAUUGCCCAGGCGACGGCCUCAUGCACGGCUGCCCCGCACUUCCUGCCGGCGCCGUGCUCGCUGGCAGCCCCAGCACAGGACUCGACAACGCCAAGGCUGCUUGCCGAUACGCCUGUAUCGACAUCUACCAGGCACCGCUGCACAACGGUUGCGUGUCCACGCCCGGCCUGUUCUACAACACCACUGCAGUCAUCAGUGACAAGCGCAGCGGCGGGUGGUACGACGCGUGUGUGGGGCCUGCAUCGCUGCUGCCCUCCAGCUUCCCUGCUCAGUCGCACGACGCACACGUGUUCGCGUUCGUUGGUAGCGGCGCGACGGACGAGCCGAUGUCGUGCCGCUUUGUGCUGAUGCAUCGCGUCGUGUCCUCUGCCGUGUCAGCGGAGGCGUUGCGGGCGGUGGGACUGCUGCUGCAACCCCUUUCCGUCUCCGCUGCCUCCGCAACUGCGAAGUCGUCUGCAGGUCUGCCGCCAUAUCGCGACGGUAUUGCCUGGGAGGCGGCAAUGCAGCUGAAUGCCACGCUGCUGUGGGAGAUGCACACGUCGCUACUUCGCUCGCAGCAGCGGGCGUCGGGCACCGGCACAGGCGCUGCCAACACCUCUAUUGCACAUGUGCUGGUUGCUCUGCGAGAGGGUGGCGAGGGAGUCGCAUCGCAGUCGCGGUUGUCCUGGUCGCUUGUCUCCAGCUAUCAGCGCCCCGAGGGCGGUGAGACAGCCACUACCACCUCCGCCACUGGCGCAGCGCCGCCGCCCUCCGUCACCUUCACGCUGCGGCUGUUGCUGAAUGUGUCCAUGUUGCCCACUCCGCAGAGCACCGACGCUUCGGGCGACCGUACCAGGACGCCUUGCACGACCCCUGCCCCGUCGUCACUCACGGUGCUCAGUGCCCCGUGGCAGUGGAGCGUCACAUCUAUGGAUGUCGACCACCUCACCAAGACCACCUACCGCGUCGUGCUGAGCCGCUCGACGAGCACGGUAGUCUUCUACAGGGGCGCGGCGAUGGUUGGCAACCCGGUGACAGUGGACUGGCCGCUGUGGGGGCAGUCACAGAUGAUGUCCCCACCCUCGGGCAAAACGACGAUGUACCUCUCCGUGGCAGGGUGGGUGGCGGGCUACGUGGAGCGCGAGCAGUGGGUGCUCAAGAGUCCGCCUCUCCCCGCCAGCAGCAGCUCGAAACUCGCCGCGCUGCCGCUGCACUACGACUACGUGCCGGGGAUGGUGCUGCGACUCUCGAGCGCGGCGUCCCCUCUCAGCCCGCUGCACGAAGCGCUGAGCAGAGCUGAGGCUACGUGGCGAUCACAGGCGGAGACCUUCGUCGAGCAGCAAGGCCGAGACGUGGAGGCUCUUACAGACGUGCACUCGCUUGGCCUGUACGUGGCCUCUUUUCCUGCCGUCACCGCCAAAGUGAGUGCGGCGCUCAGCGCCUUGUCGGCCCGUCAGUCCACAGGACUCGAUGGCGUUUGCCGUUCCGGCUACGGCUAUGACGUGACGGCGGGCGGCACCUCUGCUACGCCUGUGUGUGCGACGUGCACAAGUGGCUCCUACUCGGUGUUGAGCGCCACACCGGAGCGCAACACGUGCGCGUGCGUGCCGCAGCGUGCCUUGGGCGGCGUGGCGUCUUUGGCUGGCCAACCGGUGCGUGCGUGUCUACGCCGUCCAGCCGGCCCGGCCGCACCGAGCUCGUACCUGCGAUCGCCAGGCCGUCUUUUUGUGGACUCGAACGUGGUGAUCGGUUAUGGCAUCCCCCUCGGCGGGUACGGCAGGGGCGCCGGCGCAACCGGCACGGUGCUGCCUGCGACGACCUCGCUGGAGGGCUUAGUGACCUGCAUGUACGGUCUCACCGUUCCGCGCCUGAUGACCACUGCACCUACCGGGUCGCUCAACCUCUCGGUGACCCUGCAGUACACCACAGGCCUCGGCGCCGAGGAGUGCGGCGUGAUGGCAGCUGCCCGCGGCGGGGCCACAACCGUGACUACUCAACCCACCUACAGCGCUCUCUCCAGCUACGGCCUCCGGCUGCGUGCAUCGCGUUUGCCCACCCACACCAUCACGCUGGUCAACAACUCGAGGCUCUUCACGAAUCAGACGGUGCUCACGGUUGGCGUGCGAGGCUACGCCCUUCUCCCUCACUACGCGAUGGAUUCACUCCUGCACAUGCGCGGGAUCUCCGAGUAUCAUGCCGUCUUUCUAACGUACAUGCUCCGCUGCGCAACAGUGUCGGCCGUGCUGCGGUGCGGUUCACCCCUGCGUGACGCCGGCAAUUUCACCUGGGCAGGCUUCUCAUCGCUCGACUCGUCCGUGUUGCGCCUCAACCUCACCAGAAUGAUCACGGAGGAGUGCCAGGUGUCUUUCACGGUGCGCAGCGCCACUGCGGCCGCGAGUGAAGCUGCCGUCCCGUACACGUCCUGGCCGUACACCUACUUGGCAACAGAAGCGGACGCAUCGCUCUUCUUCGAGGCAUCGCCGACGCUGCACUACACGCUGCUCCCAUCGGUGGAGGCUUUUGAGACGACGAAGCUGCGCUAUGAACCGCUGGCUGAGAGCAGCAGCCUUAUCAUCUCCUUCGUCAUGCUCGCGCUCUCUUUCCCCCUCAUCGGCAUAAUCUUGAUCAGCGUGCACCCUCCUUCCGUUCAACCGCUCUCCUGGCGCCCCUACGAGCGCGCACGAGCGAGGCGGCAUUGCGAGCACCAACAGCUGCACAGCAUUGCACGUUCAGAGAGAGGUGCCAGCUGA